AUGUUAGUUCUUGAUACUCAAUCUCAGAAGUCGGGCACAAAUUUUGCUAGGAAGACCUUUGGCUUGAUUUAUGGAGAGGAACAAGAACCCUCAAGUAGCAAGAAAUGCUCCCCCGCAAAGAAAAAGAAGAAGGGCUCAGACUCUACUUCAAAGGAUGAAGGCUCUCCUUCCAAAAAGGAGAAUAAGAUAGUUGUUGAGCCGCUGAAGUCUCCUCUCAAGACUACUGAGAAGUCUCCAAUAAAGAGUCAUUCGGUGAUUGCCUCCCCUGCCAAGUUCCAGAAGAGUUUGGUUGUCACUCAUACUGAGCAGCAAUCACAAAUGUAUCAAUACAAUCAACAUCCUACUUAUCAAAAUUGUUCUGGCUUUUAUGUUGAUGGCAUGCAGCAAGAGGCUGCGCAACCAAUGAUGCAAUCUGGUCACACUCCAAAUGGACACCAGAAUGAUGCCAUGCAGCAAGGGGCUGCAUAUCCGAUGAUGCAAUCUGGACACACUCCAAAUGGACACCAAGGUGGGAUGCAGCAAGGGGCUGCAUAUCCGAUGAUGCACUCUGGUCACACUGGAAGUGGGGGUCAUUACCCACACACUGGAAGUGGAGCCCAUUACCCUCACACUGGAAGUGGGGCCCAUUACCCUCACACUGGAAGUGCAGUUCAUUACCCUCACACUGGAAGUGCAGUCCAUUACCCUCACACUGGAAGUGGAGUCCAGUAUGCUCACACUGGAAGUGGAGUCCAGUAUCCUCAAACUGGAACUGGAAUCCAAUACCCAUCAUCUCCCACUGUGUUGCAAGAGCUUUAAGUGGAGCGUACUUCAGUUAGGCGGCUGCAGUUAAGGAACGGCUAUAAUAAGGACACUCUCUCUGGAUUUUCUC